AUCAGUUCCAAUCACGACGAUCUGUUGUUGGUCAAAACUCAAAAGUCCACUUGCUCUGCUUUCUUUACUUGUUCUUUCUCAGUUUCACCCAUCUUUCACAUAGCUCAGCUUUGUUCAAGCUUUACUCCAACGAUACUCAGAUGAUCACCGGAUCAUUUAGCCCAUCUUCCAGCGAUCUGGUCAAUGAUGAAUCACAGAGACCUCGUGUUAUCACUCCUUUUCCUUCUCCUAAACUCACCGACUUGCCUAUGUUUCAAGAUGACCAUAAGGAGAGCUUGUACUGGGGAACUUAUCGCCCUCAGGUUUACUUCGGAGUUCGAGCCAGAACUCCUAAGUCCCUCGUUGCUGGCUUGAUGUGGCUCGUUACCAAAGAUGGGAAACAUGUUAUGAGGCAUUUCUGUGAAAACUCUGGCGAUCUUAAGUCUUUUGGCUGGAGAGAACACAAUGGAAGAGAUUUUGGGCGGCAAGAGCUGUUUGAACAAGAUAUGGUUUUGGAGACAAGUUUUGUCAAGUCUAAGGAGGGAAGCCUUGGUUAUGGAGGGGAUUGGUCAACUCGAAUCAAUGUUCAAAAUAUGUUGAAUGAUGAAGUAGAGAGAACCGUACAUCUCUUCUUCUAUCUAGCUGAUGAAGGUGGUAAUGGUCUGAAUUUAGGCAAAGAUGUAUUGGGGCUUAAAAGGAGUUCUGUCCUGGCUUCGGGUUCACGCCAAGAUGUAGGAAACUGGCAGAUGCACUUAAAAUCACAGAAUCAACUUGAAACACAUUAUUGCGGUUUUAAGACGCCUGACAUUGUCAAUCUGUCUGAUCUUGUUCAGCAAAAUCUUGUUGUUCAGGAAGGGAAGUCUGAACGACUUCAGCUCUCUGACACAUCAGAGGAUUCUUCAAACAUUUAUGUUUUUCAGAUUUCCACUACGACUCAAUCUACUAUAGAUAUUGCCUUUAUCUCUGGAAUAAGAGAAGAAACGUCCAACACGGAGAACCGUAUAAUGAGUCUUACAGGCUCGCCACUCUCUAGUCUACUUGAAGAAAAACAUAUAGCAUUUGAUGCAAAGUUCAAGGAAUGCUUCAACCUGUCUGAAAAGCUUGAUCUUGAAACUUUUGUGGUUGGUAAAGCUGCAAUUGGGAACAUGCUUGGUGGCAUUGGUUACUUCUAUGGUCAAUCAAAAAUUCAUGCUCCUAGAAGUACUCUGGCUAAAAGUGAGGAUGAUUUCUUGCUAUACUGGCCAGCUGAGCUGUACACAGCAGUUCCAAGCCGGCCUGUGUUUCCUAGGGGAUUUUUGUGGGAUGAAGGCUUCCAUCAACUGUUGAUCUGGCGCUGGGAUGUCCAGAUAACGUUGGAAAUUGUUGGAAACUGGUUAGAUCUAAUGAAUAUUGAUGGAUGGAUUCCUCGUGAGCAAAUUUUGGGAGAUGAAGCUCUGAGUAAGAUUCCAAAGCAGUACGUUCUUCAGCUCCCAAGUAAUGGCAAUCCACCUACACUACUUUUGGUGAUACGCGAUUUGAUCGAUGGUAUACGAGCAGAGAAAUUUAACAAGGCAGAAAGAGACGAAAUCUUGUCAUUCCUUGACAGGGCUUUUGUACGGCUAGAUGCAUGGUUUAAAUGGUUCAACACUUCCCAAAUAGGGAAGGAGAACGGAAGUUAUUAUUGGCAUGGCAGAGACAAUAUAACAAAUAGGCAACUAAACCCUCAGUCUCUUUCCUCUGGUUUGGAUGAUUAUCCACGGGCUUCACACCCAAAUGAAGAUGAGAGGCAUGUUGACCUUAGAUGCUGGAUGUAUCUUGCAGCAGAUUGCAUGAACUCCAUCCAAGAGUUUAUGGGGAAAAAAGAAACACUUGUGACGGAGGAUUAUAGCUCUAUUUCCAAGCUGCUUUCAGAUUUCACUCUUCUGAAUCAGAUGCACUAUGAUCAUGACCAUGGGGCUUACCUUGACUUUGGUAAUCAUACAGAAGACGUUCGGUUAAUCUGGAAAGAGGUAACUGGAGAAGAUGGUCGUUUAUCUCGAGAGUUUGUAAGGGAGACAUUUGGGAAGCCAGAGCCAAGAUUGGUUCCUCACAUUGGUUACGUCAGCUUCUUUCCCUUCAUGUUUAGAAUUAUCCCAGCUGAUUCUACAAUCCUUGACAAACAACUCGAUCUCAUCUCAAACAGGAGCAUUGUAUGGAGUGACUAUGGAUUACUUUCACUUGCCAAAACUAGUUCUUUGUACAUGAAGUAUAACACUGAAGACGAAGCACCAUAUUGGAGAGGUGCAAUAUGGAUGAAUAUGAAUUACAUGAUUCUUUCUUCCCUGCACCAUUACUCUAAAGUGGAUGGACCUUACAGCAGUAAGGCAAGAACAAUUUAUGAGGAACUAAGGAUCAAUCUAAUUAGGAACGUGGUUAGAAACUAUAACCAGACUGGUUAUAUCUGGGAACAUUAUGAUCAAACAAAAGGAACUGGAGAAGGUGCACGUGUCUUUACCGGUUGGUCUGCACUGAUCCUCUUAAUCAUGUCUGAAGAAUACCCUCUAUUUUAGAAACCCCGUUUUGAUGACCAACAUUUGUAACCUCGAACAUCAAAUCUAUCCUCGUGUGUUUGUGAACAAAAUAAGGCAGUCUCUUCCAAAGAUUUUAAUGAAAAAGCAAUCACAAUACAUCAAGAUUUAUAGCUCA